UGUUGCCGAAGAGCGGUUCGGAGCGGUGCGGUUCUAUAUAUCUGAUCGCUGUAUUUGUAAAAUCCUAUACAAAUAGAUAAGUUUGUAAACAUAUCUGUAUCAGCUAUCUGGGAUGUCGCAAUCAAACUACUCGAAGUAUUGGCAGGUCGCGCGUCUCACACGCUGUACUUACCGUUUGAUAUUGAUAACGACGCUACAAUCACAACAAUCGCGACCGAUAGCGGCGCGCCCAGUGCGAUCUUUGUGUUUUAUUAUAUUAGAUACAUUUUUAUGAUAACACGUUGGACCGACACACACGCACUAACGAACUGUUUAUUUAACGUUAUUUAGACUUCACCGUAAACAUACUAAUCUGGCGAACACAGUAGCCGAGAACAGCGACAUCCGACAAGAGUGCAGUGUUGGCUGCGAGCGAUGCCUAACCAUCACUUUUGGAUAAUAACAACCUGUGGCGGACAACUGACAACCUACUCUGUCAUCCUCGCAUGCUACAAAGUAUAAUUUUUUGAAAUGACUUUACAACAGAAGCGAUGAAAAAAUUACAGCCUGAUCGGGAAAUUCAAACAGACAUAACAAACAAUACGCUUUAAUAACCUGCUCGUACCAUUAUGUGUAUAAUUUAGAAUUGACUUCCAUAAACACAUGUGAUCAGCAAGAAUGACAUCUUGGGGCUCUAUAUAAACACGAUAGUACAAACGUUUUCGCAUUCGCUCGGAGACCCUCACUGUUUCAUAAUGAGGGAUUACUUAGGGCGGUUAUUGUUUGUGAGCUUAAUAGUAAAGUCGCUGGCGUUGGACGGGGAGAUGGCCGAGCUCGCGAAAAUGCUGCGCGAGAACUGUGUAGAGGAGACCGGAGUGGACUUGGCGCUAAUCGACAAGGUGAACGCGGGCGCGGACCUGAUGGGGGACGCUAAGCUAAAGUGUUACAUCAAGUGCGUGAUGGAGACCGCGGGGAUGAUGUCGGAGGGCGAGGUGGACGUCGAGGCCGUGGUGGCGAUACUGCCGGAGGAACUACAGAAGCAUGCGGACAAGAUGCGGGCCUGUGGCACUCAGAAGGGUGCGGACGACUGCGACACGGCCUUCCUUACUCAGUCCUGCUGGCAGAAGGCUAGCAAGGCCGACUAUAUUCUUAUAUAGGAUAGGUACUACAUCUCUUAGUACUAACCACUAACAUCUCAUUUUAUUGUUAUGGAAUACAUUUCCUUAUAUAUCCUUACACUUGAUAUAUUGUAUCCGAUAUUUAUAAUUAUUACUGCUGAAAAUAUUUAUUUAGAAUAAAUUAAUUUUUGUUGUAUA